UGCGUAAGAACGUUGGGGGCGGAAGUGACGAGAAGGUGGUAGUCGGAUAGUUGGCGGGUGGUUGAGUAGAACCGGUCGCCAUGUCCGCGGGGAGCGCGACGCAUCCUGGAGCUGGCGGGCGCCGCAGCAAAUGGGACCAACCAGCUCCAGCCCCACUUCUCUUCCUCCCGCCAGCGGCCCCAGGUGGGGAGGUCACCAGCAGUGGGGGAAGUCCUGGGGGCACCACAGCUGCUCCUUCAGGAGCCUUGGAUGCUGCUGCUGCUGUGGCUGCCAAGAUCAAUGCCAUGCUCAUGGCAAAAGGGAAGCUGAAACCAACUCAGAAUGCUUCUGAGAAGCUUCAGGCUCCUGGCAAAGGCCUAACUAGCAAUAAGAGCAAGGAUGACCUGGUGGUAGCUGAAGUAGAAAUUAAUGAUGUGCCUCUCACAUGUAGGAACUUGCUGACUCGAGGACAGACUCAAGACGAGAUCAGCCGACUUAGUGGGGCUGCAGUAUCAACUCGAGGGAGGUUCAUGACAACUGAGGAAAAAGCCAAAGUGGGACCAGGGGAUCGUCCAUUAUAUCUUCAUGUUCAGGGCCAGACACGGGAAUUAGUGGACAGAGCUGUAAACCGGAUCAAAGAAAUUAUCACCAAUGGAGUGGUAAAAGCUGCCACAGGAACAAGUCCAACUUUUAAUGGUGCAACAGUAACUGUCUAUCACCAGCCAGCACCCAUCGCUCAGUUGUCUCCAGCUGUUAGCCAGAAGCCUCCCUUCCAGUCAGGGAUGCAUUAUGUUCAAGAUAAAUUAUUUGUGGGUCUAGAACAUGCUGUACCCACUUUUAAUGUCAAGGAGAAGGUGGAAGGUCCAGGCUGCUCCUAUUUGCAGCACAUUCAGAUUGAAACAGGUGCCAAAGUCUUCCUGCGGGGCAAAGGUUCAGGCUGCAUUGAGCCAGCAUCUGGCCGAGAAGCUUUUGAACCUAUGUAUAUUUACAUCAGUCACCCCAAACCAGAAGGCCUGGCUGCCGCCAAGAAGCUUUGUGAGAAUCUUUUGCAAACAGUUCAUGCUGAAUACUCUAGAUUUGUGAAUCAGAUUAAUACUGCUGUACCUUUACCAGGCUAUACACAACCCUCUGCUAUAAGUAGUGUCCCUCCUCAACCACCAUAUUAUCCAUCCAAUGGCUAUCAGUCUGGUUACCCUGUUGUUCCCCCUCCUCAGCAGCCAGUUCAACCUCCCUACGGAGUACCAAGCAUAGUGCCACCAGCUGUUUCAUUAGCACCUGGAGUCUUGCCGGCAUUACCUACUGGAGUCCCACCUGUGCCAACACAAUACCCGAUAACACAAGUGCAGCCUCCAGCUAGCACUGGACAGAGUCCGAUGGGUGGUCCUUUUAUUCCUGCUGCUCCUGUCAAAACUGCCUUGCCUGCUGGCCCCCAGCCCCAGCCCCAGCCCCAGCCCCCACUCCCAAGUCAGCCCCAGGCACAGAAGAGACGAUUCACAGAGGAGCUACCAGAUGAACGGGAAUCUGGACUGCUUGGAUACCAGCAUGGACCCAUUCAUAUGACUAAUUUAGGUACAGGCUUCUCCAGUCAGAAUGAGAUUGAAGGUGCAGGAUCGAAGCCAGCAAGUUCCUCAGGCAAAGAGAGAGAGAGGGACAGGCAGUUGAUGCCUCCACCAGCCUUUCCAGUGACUGGAAUAAAAACAGAGUCCGAUGAAAGGAAUGGGUCUGGGACCUUAACAGGGAGCCAUGAUUAUCCAGCCAAGAAGAUGAAAACUACAGAGAAGGGAUUUGGCUUGGUGGCUUAUGCCGCAGAUUCAUCUGAUGAAGAGGAGGAACAUGGAGGUCAUAAAAAUGCAAGUAGUUUUCCACAGGGCUGGAGUUUGGGAUACCAAUAUCCUUCAUCACAACCACGAGCGAAACAACAGAUGCCAUUCUGGAUGGCUCCCUAGGAAACAGUGGAACAGAGUUUUGACUCUCAGUGACUCUUCUUAGCAAUAAUGCAUGCAUUUGAUUUAACAAGACUCUGGGGCCUGUGCUGGGAACCAUCUUGGACCUUUGCAGAAGUUAGAGAUUCAGUGCCCCCCUUUCUUAAAGGGGUUCCUUAACAACAACAAAAAUCCUUAUUUCUGCAGUGGCAUAGAAUCUGUUAAAAUUUAAUUAGAAUCACAAAUUUAUCUCAGAAGCUUUUUAACAGUUGGUGAAAUGUGCUUGUCCAACAAAGCAUCCUAACAGGGUCGUUCCCAUACACAUUUGACCUGGUCAGCCUUUUCCAAGUGAAUAGCCCCAAUUCUGACAUAAAGAAAGUUUUAUUUGUAUUUUACUACUGUUCGGUCAAUUUUGAUAUAUAACUGGUUACAAACAGAGCCUUACUGUUUAUUAGUGGGGAAAUGAUUUUAAGACCGUCCUUUUCAGUAUUUAAUUCUGACAGAUCUGCAUCCCUGUUUCGUUUUGGAUUAUUUCUGUUUUGGAAAAUGCUGUCUCAUUUAAAACUGUUGGAUAUAGCUGGAUCCUGGAUAGGAAAAUGAAAUUAUUUUUUCAUUGUGUUUUUUAAUUGGGGUGAUCCAAAGCUGGCACCUUCAGGCACAUUGGUCUCAUAGCCAUUACUGUUUUUAUUGCCCUUCUAAGAUCCUGUCUUCAGCUGGGUCAGAGAAAACUUCUUGACUAAAACUGGUCAGAACUCAUCACAGAAAUGAAAUACAGUGGUCUCUCUCUCCCAGAACUGGUUGCAGCUAAAAUAGAGAGAUCUGACUGCUGGCUAUAGGAUUUUGGACUUAAUGACUGAAAUUGCAAAUUGUCCUUUUUCUUGGCAUUACAGAUUUUGCCAAAAUAACUUUUUGUAUCAAAUAUUGAUGUGUGAAAGUGAAGGAGCUAGUCUGCUGAACCAGGAAUAGUUUGAGAUAUUGAACUGUCAUUUUUGCACAUUUGAAUACUUUGCAGGCUGGCUUUGUAUAAACUUAUCCUCUGGUUUCCUAUAUGUUGUAAAUAUUUAGACCAUAAUUUCAUUAUAAAUAAAUCUAUAAAUAUUC